GUAAUGUACUCCGUCCUGCAACACGCGCAGUGACCUCUCCCGCUGUAACCACGGCUGCCACAGCGUCGCCGGCUCACUCACAUCACGUGACCAGAGGGACGCCGGACAACACGGGCUAGGUGUAUAGUGACCCUAUAUACGGGGCGGCGUGAUUACACGUGGUACAGAGACCACAGCGGCAGCUACCGGUCCCACUCCAAGCGGACGGACACUCUCAAGGACAGUGACACGCGUGGGGGAGUGUCACCCACGCUGCUCUUCCGGACGUCUGAUUGGCUGCUUGUUGCUAUACCACGCCCACAGUGCCGGGGGAAAGGUGAAGCUUGCUUCCCACUGACAACGAUGGCGGCGCUCAGGGUUCUCAUAGCCGCGCAGAGGGUGCACAUAACCGGGCAGAAUUCUGCACACUGGACAAGAUGGUGUUAUUUUGCUUCCCAUAUCCAAUAUUCAACAUCCUAUAAUCCGGAAGAAAAGACAUUUGAAAAGAUUUUAAUUGCCAACAGAGGAGAAAUUGCAUGCAGAGUCAUCAAGACAUGCAGGAAAAUGGGUAUAAAAACAGUUGCAGUACACAGCGACGUUGAUUCUGCUGCAGUUCAUGUGAAAAUGGCGGAUGAAGCGGUCUGUGUUGGCCCGGCUCCCACUAGCAAAAGCUACCUCAACAUGGAUGCCAUCAUGGAAGCCAUUAAGAAAACUGGGGCCCAAGCUGUCCACCCAGGAUAUGGGUUUCUUUCUGAAAACAAAGAAUUCGCCCGACGUCUGGCAGCAGAAAGCGUAACCUUCAUUGGUCCUGACACACAUGCUAUUCAAGCUAUGGGAGACAAGAUUGAAAGCAAGUUAUUAGCCAAGAAUGCAAAUGUGAACACCAUCCCUGGCUUUGACGGGGUGGUCAAGGAUGCAGAUGAAGCUGUCAGAAUUGCAAGGGAAAUUGGCUACCCCGUUAUGAUCAAGGCCUCAGCAGGUGGCGGAGGGAAAGGCAUGAGGAUUGCUUGGGAUGAUGAAGAGACCAGGGAAGGCUUUAGGUUUUCUGCUCAAGAAGCAGCCUCAAGUUUUGGAGAUGAUCGGCUGUUAAUUGAAAAAUUCAUCGACAACCCUCGACACAUAGAAAUCCAGGUUCUGGCUGAUAAACAUGGUAAUACACUCUGGCUAAAUGAAAGAGAAUGUUCCAUCCAAAGGCGGAACCAGAAAGUUGUAGAGGAGGCGCCUAGCACGUUUCUUGACCCAGAGACUCGCAGAGCAAUGGGAGAACAGGCUGUAGCUCUUGCCAAAGCUGUGAAGUAUUCCUCUGCAGGGACAGUAGAAUUCCUUGUCGAUUCCACUAAAAAUUUCUACUUUUUGGAAAUGAAUACAAGACUACAGGUUGAGCAUCCCAUCACAGAAUGCAUUACAGGCCUGGACCUUGUUCAAGAAAUGAUUCGUGUUGCUAAGGGUUACCCUCUGAAGCACAAGCAAGCGGAUAUUCCCAUAAAUGGCUGGGCAUUUGAAUGUCGUGUCUACGCUGAGGAUCCAUACAAAUCCUUUGGUCUUCCCUCCAUCGGUCGUCUUUCUCAGUACCAAGAGCCGCACCAGCUGCCAGGGGUGCGAGUUGACAGUGGAAUUGAAGAAGGAAGCGACAUCAGCAUUUACUAUGAUCCUAUGAUUUCAAAAUUGGUAACCCAUGGCAAGAAUCGGGCUGAAGCCUUGAAGAGAAUGGAAGAUGCUCUGGACAAUUACGUCAUUCGAGGUGUGACUCACAAUAUUCCUUUACUCCGGGAGGUUAUCACUCAUCCUCGUUUCAUCAAAGGAGAUAUAACUACCAAGUUUCUUCCAGAAGUUUAUCCCGAUGGAUUUAAAGGACACAGUUUGACAUCAGAAGAGCAAAAUGAACUUCUUGCCACAACUGCUUCAAUAUAUGUAGCUUCACAGAUCAGAUCACGACACUUUGUGAAUAACCCAAGAGUUCCGGUAGCUAAGAAUGAUGUAACAAGCUGGCACCUCUGUGUUUUUCUGGAUGGUACUACACACUCCGUCACUGUUGAAAAGCAGAAGGAUUGCAUCUCUGUGGAAGUUGAUGGGACUAAAGUGGAUGUGUCCAGCGAAUGGAACCUGUCGUCGUCUUUACUGUCUGUCAGCAUCGGUGAUACGCAGAAGACAGUACAGUGCCUUAGUCGUGAUGCCGCUGGGAAUAUCAGCAUUCAGUUCCUGGGCACUGUGCUUACCUUUCCAACUGUGCCGCAGUGACUUCUCUAACUUUGUUCUGAAAUACAGCAUACAGCUUACAGCAUUGCCUGUGCUCCUGACUUAUUUUCCAGUGUGUCCUUACAGAACUGCAGAAGGUAUAUUAGCUAUAAAGUGUUUUGUACAAAUAGUGUACAUCAAAUUAGUAGACGUAAUGAUAAUUAAAAAGUACAUUUGCUAAAAGAUAAUCUGUCUACCUAAACAUGCAUUUAAAGAUAAAUCUGCUCUGAAUUUCCUUUCAUUAAAUGUUUAACCACACAUUUUUUACCCAAUCGUUCCAGUUGAAUUAAAUUUAAUUUAAUGUAGUCAGUACUGUCAGUCUCUGGUCAUCCAGCAUGUGAAAACCCUGGCAUGAAUCCUUCAGGAAUAUCUCCUUCUGUAUUGAUGUUGGUCAGCUAGUGUCUGCUAUCACAACGCCUGAUGUAGUUUGGAGUGUGUGUUGUUCUGCAAAUACCAAAUAUAUUGUUUUUGCCAAAGGCAAGAAACAUGUAUCGUGUUUGUUUUAUCAGUCCACAUAUGAAAAAAAUAUAAAGAAAGAAAUCAGUGUUGCGUCAACUGAGCUAAAAUAAAAACAGCGUAAAGUAAAA